CUCUUUAUACUUCCGGCUGAGGCGCCAAUGAGAAUUUGCGACAGUUGUUGCUUCUUCACGGCUGAUGAUGACAUGUCAACAACAAACAUGGCGACCAGCAGCGACUAUUGGGAAGAUUUGCGUAAACAGGCCAGACAGCUGGAGAAUGAACUGGACAUCAAGCUUGUCUCCUUCAGUAAGCUCUGCACCAGCUACAGCAGCAGCAGCAGCAGGGACCAGCGGACAAGAGACAGCAGGUCUGACUCUGUUGGCUCAUCUCAAGACAAUAUGCUCGUGGCCAUGACUACUGAGCUGGAGCAGCUAUUGGCCAAUCUUAGCUCAGUCAAUGACAAGAUGGCAGAAUACACAAACACUCCGGGGGUUUCGUCACAUAACGCAGCGUUGAUGCACACCUUACAGAGACACAGAGACAUCUUACAGGACUACACUCAUGAGUUCCACAAAACCAAAAGCAACUUCUUCAGCCUGCGGGAGCGAGAGGACCUACUCGGCUCUGUUCACAGAGACAUUGAGUCCUACAAGAGCAGCACAGGAGUGAAUAACAGAAGGACUGAGCUCUUCCUGAAGGAACAUGAACAUCUCAGAAACUCAGAUAGUCUUAUUGACAAUGCAAUAAGUAUCGCCAUGGCUACCAAAGAGAACAUCACAUUUCAGCGUGGGGUGUUGAAGUCCAUUCAAACCAGGGUCACAACUUUGGCCAAUCGCUUCCCCACCAUCAACAGUCUCGUCCAGAAAAUCAAUUUGCGCAAGAGGCGGGACUCUUUAAUUCUAGGCGGGGUGAUUGGCGUCUGCACCAUUCUCCUGUUGCUCUACACUUUCCACUGAUGGGCAACUGACGGACCGUUACUUUCUCUAAGAACAAAAAAUAUAUCAUUGUAUCUCAAGGCAUUUCUUUCAUGUUUUCAUAUAGUAAUUUGCUCCCCUUAAAACAUCACUUUAAAGAAUUAUGGAAGGAUUUUAUUUUGAAAAGAAAAAUAUAUCACAUGAAAAAAAAAGUCUAAAUUGAAAUUAUUUCUACUGCUAGAUUGGAGAGUUUAUUUAUUUUCUGAAUUAUGAUAACAUUUCUAUAUCCUGUUGUAAUUUUAGCCCUAUAAAUGUAUGAAGUCAUAUUUUACUUUGUUGUACCUCUUUAUAUGAUAUGAUAAAAUAAAGGUGAUGAGCUCA